AUGUAUCUGAAAGAGCAUAACAAGUUCUAUAGUGAUGUUGAGUUUAACAAUGACUGGAUUAAUCCACUCAGUAAAACUCCAGAAGCAGACAAGCAUGAUGAUGCUUAUGAGCAACAUAUUGAUGAGGAAAACACUAAGAGCACUUGUGAGGACGACAGCAUUGAUGACACUCUGCAUGAUAGACAACAACAUGGUAUGUUCAUGGAUACAUGCCUUCAACCUGUUGAUAUAGCUCAGGAGGUUUUAGACCAACACUUUGACGGAAUCAUUUCUGUGGCACCUGGGGAAACAAAUAAUCCUGUGAGGCUUCUAUGUGAUGAAUCUAAUGAGGCUAAGUGUUUUCCAGUUCUUUUUCCAAAAGGCACAGGCACUUUUCAUGAUACAAGGCAAGAAAACCUCACAUUGUGUAGAUAUUUAAAUACAAGAAUACUGAAUGCAGAUGGGCGGUUUGCAAAAAACUUGGACUUUUUAUUUUAUGGCCAAUAUAUAUCAGAGUUAAAUCAAGUUAUAUCAAAUGUUUCACUUGCUUUGAGGAAAGGACAUGACACAAUCAAAAGAGAUGUUACUUCAGAAAUGUUAACAAACAAAGACUCCCUACAAAGGAUUUUGAAUGUUGAUGAAGGCUACAAAUUCCUCAAACCCAUAAGAGGGACCCCUGUUUUCUGGCAAAGUGUUCAGAAAGACUUGUUCGCCAUGGUGAGGCAGCUGGGUAUUCCUACAUGGUUUUGUUCAUUCUCGUCUGCUGAUCUGCGAUGGCCUGAACUACUUCAAACAAUCCUGAAACAAGAGAGAAAAGAAGUAGCAGUUGAUGAUCUUGACUGGUCAGAACGAUGCGCUCUGUUGAAGACCAACCCAGUGACAGCUGCUAGAAUGUUUGACCAUCGAUUCCACUGCUUUCUUAAAGAUGUGAUUAUGUCUGAAGCACAGCCAAUUGGUAAAAUUGUGGACUACUUUUACAGAGUAGAAUUUCAGCAGCGUGGCUCACCUCACACUCACUGCUUGUUCUGGGUGGAAAAUGCUCCUCAGAUUGAUAAAGAUGAUGAUGAUGACGUUGUAGCAUUUGUUGACCGUUAUGUUACAUGUGAAAUGCCACCAGAUGAUGACACAGAAAUGCAUGAAAUUGUAUCCAGUGUCCAACAACACAGCAAAAGACAUUCAAAAACAUGCAAAAAGAAAGGAACACCAUGCAGGUUCAAUUUUCCACGUCCUCCAACUAACAGAACAUUUAUCACAAGAUGCAAAACUGAUGAACUUGAAAAGGAUGUUGAUGGGAAAUCUGCAGAGGAGAGAGAUUCUGCAAACUCAGCAAAAAUGAAACACAGUGUGCGAAUAGAAAAAGAUUUAGCGGAAUCUAUUCUAAAAGGGGUAAAGAAUGCUUUACUGAGUUCUGAGCAUAACUUUGAAUCUGCUGAUGAUUUAUUUGCUUCACUUGGAAUAAAUCAGGAAAUAUUUGAAGCUGCUUACAUACGCAUGACGAGAAAAACUAGUGUUCUUUUGAAGAGAAAACCGUGUGAUGUGUGGGUGAAUCAAUAUAACCGAGACCUUUUACUUGCAUGGAAUGCAAAUAUAGACAUUCAGUUUGUGGUUGAUGCAUAUUCCUGUAUUGUGUACAUCAUCUCCUACAUUUCCAAAGCAGAAAGAGAGAUGGGACUGCUGUUGUCACAUGCUCAGAAAGAGGCUUCACAACAAGGAAAUUUAGAUGCCAAACAAGCUUUACGCAAACUGGGCAGUGUUUUCCUACAUAAUCGUGAAGUUUCAGCUCAGGAAAGUGUUUAUCGCCUCACUAACAUGAAACUAAAACAAGGAUCUCGCAAAGUGCAGUUUGUUCCAACUGGAGAUGCUAUCAGAAUGAGUCUACCCCUCAAUGUGUUACAGAGGAAAGCUGAAUGUGGUGAUGAAGACAGCCAAAACAUUUGGAUGCACAGCAUCAGUGACAGAUAUAAAGGAAGGCCUAAAACUACAGAAUUUGUGGAAAUGUGUCUAGCAACAUUUGCAUCUGAGUACAGAGUACUGUCACAAUCUGAGAGCUCAUCCACUGACUGCAUAAAGCUGGACAAAGGAUUAGGCUUCAUAAAGAAAAGGUCACACACAGACGCUGCUGUUGUUAGAUAUGCCCGUUUCUCACCAACAAAGAAUCCAGAGAAAUAUUAUCAAAGUAUUUUGCAGCUGUUUUUGCCUCAUUAUUCACAUGAUCAGUUGAAACCCAACAAUUUCAAUACUUACCAGGAAUUUUAUGAGACCGGAUUUGUAAAAUUUUCUGAUGAACUACUUUUAGUGAAAAAUAUAGUGGAUUCUAACAUGGCAAUGUUUGAGAAAGAAGCUGAUUCCAUACAUGAAGCUCAAGAACACUUAGAGAGAAAUGGUCCAAUGGAGGAUGCAUGGGCAGAAAUCUGUCCAGAAACUGAACAUGAGCGAUUAGAAUGUAUUGCUAUGAAAUCAGUGCAAGAGGCAGAAAUUGGGGAAAGUAAUGAUAUCAUACCAGAUCUGCUACCAAAGGAAACCAGUGUGGUACAAGAUAAUCCUUGUGGUAUACCAAAGAAAGAAGCAGUGGCUUUGCUUCGUUCACUCAAUGAAAAACAGUCUCAAAUAUUCUAUCAGAUUCAUAACUGGUGUUUACAGAAGGCACGUGGUGAAAAUCCUGAGCCAUUUCAUGUGUUCAUUUCAGGUCCUGGAGGUGUAGGAAAGUCUGUCUUGAUUAAAGCAAUAUUUUAUGAAGCAUCUCGAAUCCUAUCUGUGUUGUCAGACAACCCUGAUGAGAUACACAUACUAUUAACAGCUCCAACUGGUGUCAGUGCCUACAACAUCAAUGCUGCAACAAUUCACACCUUGUUCUCCAUCGGAACAGAUGUAAAAUUGCCUUAUCAACCACUAGGAGAUGACAAAAUAAAUUCACUCAGAGCUAAGAUAGGAAAGCUGGAGAUACUAAUUAUUGAUGAAAUUUCAAUGGUUGAUCACAAACUUCUUGCUUAUGUUCACGGCAGACUGAGACAGAUCAAACAGACAGGUGAUUUCUCUGCUUUUGGAAAAGUAUCAGUUAUUGCAGUUGGAGACUUCUAUCAGCUUGGUCCUGUAAAGGGAAAACCUCUGUAUGCUGACUCUGUAGGUGUGAAUCUAUGGCAGAACCAUUUUGCUUUGGCUGAGCUCACAGAUAUAUUGAGACAAAAAGACGUGGAAUUUGCACAGUUACUCAAUCGGUUAAGGAAACGCAAAAGAACUGAUGCAAUGCUGGAACAUGAUAUCUCAAUGCUGAAGCAGCGUGAAACAGGUGAAGGAGAGGACAGAACUGAUCUCCAUAUUUAUGCAACUAAUGAGGAAGCUAAUGAUCACAAUAGGCACAAGUUGUAUAAAACAUGCUCAGACCCUGUUACCAUUCAUGCACAAGACUUUGAAAGGGUUGCUAAAACUGGUCGACUGGAAAGAAUACACGGCCAUCAUGCCCAUGUUUCCAAAACAUGUCUGACACAAUCACUUCAUAUAGAUGUCAAUGCACGGGUCAUGCUUGUCAAAAACAUUGAUGUUUCAGAUGGACUAGUAAAUGGUGCUUUUGGUACAGUUAAUGAAAUAUGCUUUGAUAGUGAAGAUCAAUUUCCAUCAAAAAUAUACGUAACAUUUGACAAUGAAAGGGCAGGUAAAACGAUAAGAACAAAGAAACCAUGCUUCAAACCUGGUCUAGAAAAAGCAACACCAAUUGAACCAGAGGAAGAGAGAGUGACCAAGAGUGGGGGCAUACGGCGUCAGUUUCCUUUGAAAUUAGCUUGGGCUUGCACUAUACAUAAAGUACAAGGCUUAACUGUGGAAAAGGCUGUUGUGUCACUCAAAAAGAUCUUUGCAGCUGGACAAGCAUAUGUGGCUUUGAGUCGUGUCACGUCUCUGUCAGGCCUUAUAAUAGAAGAUUUCAAUGAGAAAGCAAUAUAUGCCAAGCAAGACAUUGAAGGUUUCAUGCAGAGCAUGCCUGCAUUUAUUCAGUCAGACUCAGCACCCUUACUGCCAUCAUGCAAGAUACUUCUGCACAAUGUACAAGGACUGUCAUAUCACCUGGAAGACCUAAAACAAGACAGAAGGUAUAUGGAAGCUGAUAUCAUUUGUGUGACUGAAACUUGGUUAAAAUCAGACCACUGUGCAGCUGAUGUACAAAUAUCUGGAUUUGUAUUUCAUAGCAGACCAAGGUGUGUUUCAUAUGACACGAGUGAAAGAAUGUUUGCUGAACUAAAGGAGCAACAACAUGGUGGUGUUGGUCUGUAUUACAAGGAGCAUAUGAAUUGUAGUGUUGUUCAGUCACCAUGUGUGAACUUGGAAUGCCUGCAGUUUGUGAUUGCUCAUCUUAAUACAACAGCAGCAGUUUUGUACAGACCACCUUCAUACAACUUGCAAGUUGUAUGA